AAUAAUUGAGCAAAACCACACAACAGUUUGUAAAGAUAAGAUUUUCAUUUGUGGAGUGCAUUUUGUGUAUUUAGUUGUUAUUUAAUGGUUGGAAAGGAAAGGAAGCAAACUGCAUAAAUCUGAACCGAAAUGAACGAACCAAACAAAGAAAACAAUGACGCAAAAGCAGAUGAAUCUAGUUGUCGACUGGGGACAAAUCAAAAUGUGGAAUUCCAUCAACAAUCGGGCGACAGAGAUGCAAUGCAGACGAAAUUUGAUCAAAACGACAGAAAAGUACUGGAGCAGACGACAAAAAUGAAAAUGCCAAUGGUUAACUUGCAAAUGGAUGACGAAGAAUCCCUAUUCCACUAUGACGUUUUUGAAAAUCCACCCGUACCUAUGACGUUGUUUUUCGCCAUGCAGCAAGUGUUGAUGUCGCUAUCACGAAGUCUUUCCACGGCCUUACUGGUUGCGGACAUUGUAUGCGCCCGAACGGACGAGAACUUCAAAGCACGUCUUCUUAGCACGACGCUGUUUAUUUCCGGUGUGACGUCAUUUCUUCAAAACACCAUUGGAAUAAGACUGCCGUUGUACCAGGGUCCAGCCAUGACAUAUGUUGUGCCUCUCCUUGCUAUGUCAUCCCUACCCCAAUGGAAAUGCCCCGACUUGACAGGGUCUACAGCUGCUAACUCUACUAUAAACAUAACGGACGGCGCCUAUGGUGGUGACUAUGCUGUAAAAGUACGGCAGCUAGAAGGAAGUCUUAUGAUUGCUGGAGCUGUCCAUAUGCUGUUUGGCCUAACGGGGAUGGUUGGUGUCCUGUUGAGAUUCAUUGGCCCGGUCACAAUCAUUCCUGCUCUCACUGUUGUCGCUUUGUACAUCUACAGGGCCACUACAAAAUUCGCUAAAGCACAGUGGGGUGUAGCUAUGUUGGUUGUGGCCACAGCGAUGGUUUUGUCGUUCUACUUGCGCAGAAAGAACACCCCUAUACCUUGCUGGAAACGGGGGCGUGGGUUCUACAUAUUAUGGUUUCCCCUUCAUAAGAUGUUUGCUGUCUUGAUAGCAUGUUUACUUGGCUGGGGAGUAAGUGCUAUCCUCACGGUUGCUGGCGUUUUCUCUGAUGACACAUCAAGUCCGAGCUAUUACGCCAGGACGGAUUCCAGACUCGCUGUUAUCGAUGAAACUCCUUGGUUUCUUUUUCCGUAUCCAGGUCAAUUCGGAGCCCCUCUUUUCGAGACAGGAGCUUUUGUUUCCUUCAUGAUGGGAACGAUUAGCUCCAUAAUUGACUCAAUAGGUGAUUACUAUGCAUGCGCAAAAGUAUGUGACGCCCCGCCCCCACCUAAUCACGCCGUAAAUAGAGGUAUAGCAGUUGAAGGUAUGAUGAGCUUCUUCGGAGGAUGGUGCGGUGCGGGACAUGCCACGUCAACAUUUGGAGGAAACAUCGGAGCUAUUGGCAUCACCAGGGUGGCGAGUUUGAGAGUAUUUCAACUUGUCGGUCUUAUCUACAUCGUGUUUGGCAUUGUGGGUAAGAUUGGCGCUGUUUUCGUCACCAUUCCCUACAGUGUCGUCGGUGGCAUGAUGAUGAUCAACUUUGGCGUCCUCAUCGGUGUGAUGCUCUCAAAUAUGCAGUUUAUUGACAUGUCGUCGACUCGAAGUCUGGCCAUCAUCGGAAUGUCAAUGUUGAUAGCACUCAUGACCCCGUAUUGGAUCGAAACCACGGACGAGCCAAUAAACACGGGAAUACCGACAUUGGACAAUUUGUUCACCAUGCUACUGGCCAACCCCGCAUUUGUUGCUGGCGUCCUCGCAUGUUUUAUGGACAACACUAUUCCAGGCUCGGAUGAGGAACGAGGAAUGGUAUCCUGGAAGAAAAGCCUUGGAGUUGAUGAAGACGACCUUGACACUGAGACCAAGGUCAUAAACAAAGAGGUCGAGAGACGACGGAAAGUGAUGCAGACUGUCUACACUGUUCCAUAUUGUGCAACGUUGCUUAAGAAAAUGCCUUUUUUAAGAUUUAUUCCUUUUUAUCCAAAAGGAAAUUAAUGAUUGUUGAUCAUUUCAAUCAUUAAUUGCAGUCAACAUUGUAAUUUUGUUGUUAAAUUAUGUGUACGCAGAUAAAUUUAUAUCACACAUCGUCAUGCUUAAACCAUUGCGUUUAGAUGCAAUUAUUAUGCAAAUGAGUAUCUCAUAUUUUGUCUCAUAUUUAUAUUGUGUAUUAUGUGAACAAAAGACAAUUUUCCAUCGGCAGUGAAUAGCGCCUCCUACUGAAUUAAAGAUUUUUUAUCACAUUUUGUACUAAAUAGGCCAUUAUAUAUUUAUGUCUAAGAGAUACAUUUUAACUUGCAUGAUAUAUUGACGAUAAAUUUUGAUUUCAGUGAAAACCCAUAUGUUUCAAGGUUGGUCUUAGGAAAGGAAUUAACACGAACAAAAUAACUCUUUAACCACUUUUAAUUACCCAGUGUGCGCUGACGUUUUAUUUGGAACUGAGAGCGGGCAAUAACUUUUCAAAACAGUGAAAAAAACAACAAUUCUAUUUAAUUUACAAAUCCCUUAAAAUCACCGGAAAGCAUAUAGUGAUAUAAUAAAAGAGUUUAGAUUGUCGGGAUUUCAUGCAUAAAUUAUCUCAGCAAUACAAUAUGUGUUUGUUGAGAUACCAAAUUAAAUGUGAUAAUAUGCAAAACCUUAACCAGAAUUACUACGUCAAAUAAUAGACGGCCAUUAUUUGUAUUAUAUGCGAAAUACAACAAGCUAUGCUUCGUUAUAAUUCAUUAUAGUAAAUUUUAACUGAAAGUUCACCGAAUACAGUUAUUUAAAAAGUAGUUCUUCUCACGCCAGACUGAAAGAGAUCGAAUGUUAUAAAUUUCCAGGAGCCAGAAUCAUAUGACCACCAUUUACGUACAGUUGAAUUAACACUCUUUCACCCAUAGGCAUGAAUCAAGCCAUUUAUGUGAACAAAAUGUAAAUGCAUCCGAAUCCAUUGCUAACUGCUUUUGUAAAAAAGCAUUUGAAGCCUUACUUCCAAAUAUGCAUAAGACAUACAUGAGUUUUAUGAAAUUCCAUUCCUAAAUCUCAGACCAGCAGGCUUAAAAUUGUCUAAAUUGUUCAUAUGUUGAGCUCUAAGGCCGAUAUUUAAUUCCAAGCAGCCUCUGUGUGCUUCAUAGCGAUGCAUACAACUCAUUGUUGCGUUCUCAUAGUCAGAAGUUCUUUACACUCAGGACUCCAUUAUUGCUGUGUGACACUGCUUUACACUGGGUUUCAACUCAAACAUGGACAUUAAUUACCGGUUAGUUUAAUGACCGGUGAAUGCAAAAAGGUUCUAAGUGACAUCUAAAAAGAAGAAGAUAGAACCUUUUCGCUUUCACCCCCCGAUGUGGAACAAAAGACUGUAGAUGGUGUCUCAAACCUUACCGAUUCCACAACAUAUAACACAUAUUGCCCCAUUAAAAUGGUGAGAACAUU